UGAACCGGAAGUUUAUUAGUCACAAGCGAUGAAUAAAAACAUCACCAUCAGAGUCAUCACGAGCCAUGAGUUAAAUUCCCUUUAAAAAUAUUCAUUACUGCGACUAAAAUGAACUCGACAUCCAGCAGAUACAGCAGCUGUGCGCUGUUGGCUCUGUUAAUGAUCGCGGUGCUGCUUUCACGAGGAGCUGCUUCAGAUGUCGAUGAGAUCCCUGAAUUCAGAGUCUCAGAUGUGGAAAAACAGCCGCAGAGACAGUUCAAGACAGCAGAGAUCGCAGAUGCGCUGAUGGGAACCGAACCUCCAGCUUAUUCUCCAGGGAUUGAGCAUCUCAUUCCUAAAGACCUGCAUGAGUCCUUCCUGGGAGAAGUAUGUGUUGAUGGACAGUGUGAGGUGGAGGAGAGCAGCGAUUCAGAAGCACCUGAGCUCAUCCUGUCAGGAGUGAUUCACACAGAAGCUGUGGACAUGAAGAACCAGAACCUCACUGAUACGGCCAAGCCGUACAAAGUCAACUGUGAUAAAAGGAACAUAACAGGAAUGGAACAGUUCACAGUGCAGGUGCUCAAUGUGUCUCAGGAUCUGAUGGAGCUGUUGCAUGUGAACAGCACAGAGUGUUCACUGGUCCUCUUUUACACCACAUGGUGUCAGUUUUCAGCCAACCUCGCACCUCACUUCAAUGCUCUGCCGCGAGUCUUCCCCUCCAUGUUCUUCCUGGCACUCGACGCAUCCCAACACAGCAGUCUGUCAACACGCUUUGGCACAGUGGCCGUGCCCAAUAUACUCCUGUUUCAGGGUGCCAAACCAAUGGCCAGAUUCAACCAAACAGAGCGAACAUUAGAAACACUCACUUCUUUCAUUACAAACCAGACAGGUUUCGAAGCAAGUCCAGAUCAGGCUGUGCAGGAUGAAGACCAUUUGGGCCCUCUUCUGGCUGUUCCCAUGAAAAGCAUUGAUUGGCUCUUUGUGUUUUCUGUUCUUUUUAUCUCGGGCUUUACGCUCUAUGCCAUCCUGUGUACGGACAGCAUUCGCUGGCUCAUACCAGGACAAGACCAUGAACAUCAGGAAUAAAGUGUGCUGCUGCGUUUUCACACCUGACUGUUGUCAAUAUCUGCCAGUUGUCAUGUGAUUUGAAUUGAAUAAAGUAGUAUAGAAAGUAAUGUUUUUCUGAGCAGCCAACACCCAGAGCUAAAAUACAUGUUGUUUUGAAACCACAUCUUUACAUGAAACUUUCUCAAUUCCAUUUUAAAGCAAUGUCUGGUGCUAGGUGGUCUGAGAAAAUAAAAGUACAGACAUUUUUUUUUUUAAGCAGGUAAACAUUUGACAUUAUUACCAUUUCAUUCUGCUUUCUAAACACAUGCUCAAAAAUCAUGUGGUUGAUUAUUGACAGCCUUAGAUUUUAACAGUGAGAAAUGAAAACAAAUCAAAUUAUUUUUUCUUUUUUUCUGCAAAAAAUGUUUCUUAUUUCUAAGUGUUUAUCUUGCCCUCCUUGCAGUGUACAUACUUUCAAGAAUAGAUUGUACUUGUUUUGUGAUUGUACAGUGUAAAGCAUGGUACAAAUACAUUUUAAUUGAAAAUGUUUCGCUUCAGGUUCAUAUAUCUAAUUUUAUAUCUGUCAACUUAAUACUGAAGAAAUAUUUUCUAAAUAAUAUGUUAUAUUUUAUUCUGUCUUUAAUGCAAUAACAAUAUAAAAGCCAAUUGUUUGACUACCAUGAAAGUCCUCCCUUCAAAGUGCACUUCAAAGGCAUAAUCUACAGUGUAUCCGGAAAGUAUUCACAGCGCUUCACUUUUUCCACAUUUUGUUGUUACAGCCUUAUUCCAAAAUGGAUUAAAUUCAUUAUUUUCCUCAAAAUUCUACAAACAAUACCCCAUAAUGACAAUGUGAAAGAAGUUUGUUUGAAAUUGAGCUCAGGUGCAUCCUGUUUCCACUGAUCAUCCUUGAGAUGUUUCUACAACUUGAUUGGAGUCCACCUGUAGUAAAUUCAGCUGAUUGGACUUGAUUUGGAAAAGCACACACCUGUCUAUAUAAGGUCCCACAGUUAACAGUUCAUGUCAAAGCACAAAUCAAGCCAUGAAGUCCAAGGAAUUGUGUGUAGAGAGAGAGGGAGGCUUAAAACAUGUUUAUUUUAUCAUUUAUCAUAUGUCAAUCCAAUAUGUCAUCCAAAAAACUGCAAAAAUAU